GCCUCGCCUGCAAGCUCUGGGAAUGCCUCUGGCUGCGCGUGCAGUCGGCGGUCGGCCGAGCGGAGCGUAGGUUUGCAGCAGGGAAACCGGGGGAGCCGCCACCUCGGGUUUGCAGCCGACACCGUGGGGCCCGUGAUCCUUGGUUUGCUGUGCGGACACAGUGGGGUCUGUGAACCAAGUGGGACGCGACGUAGGCUCUGAGGAUGCGCACCGCGGAUCUAAGGCUGCGCUGGGCCAUCGCCCUGCUCCUGGCUGCUGCUGGGGCUGCAGCAGAAGACACAUGUGGCAGGAAUGAGUUCCAGUGCAGGGACGGGAAAUGCAUCGCCAGCAAGUGGGUCUGUGACGGCAGCCCUGAGUGCCCGGAUGGCUCUGACGAGUCCUCUGAAACUUGCAUGUCUGUCACCUGUCAAUCCAAGGAAUUCAGCUGUGGGGGCCGAGUCAGCCGCUGCAUUCCUAACUCCUGGCGUUGUGACGGGCAGACAGACUGUGAGAACGGCUCAGAUGAGCAAGGCUGUGCCCCCAAGACGUGCUCCCCGGACGAGUUCCGCUGCCGGGAUGGCAAGUGCAUCUCCCAGAAGUUCGUGUGUGACCAGGACCAAGACUGCCUGGAUGGCUCUGACGAGGCCCACUGCCAGGCCGCCACGUGUGGGCCUGCCCAGUUCCGCUGCAACUCCUCUGCCUGCAUCCCCAGCCUGUGGGCCUGUGACGGGGACGAGGACUGUGAGGAUGGCUCGGAUGAGUGGCCACAGAACUGUGGGGGCCGCGACACUGCCUCUGCCUCGAGUAGCAGCCCCUGUUCCUCCCUGGAGUUCCACUGUGGCAGCAGCGAGUGCAUUCACCGCAGCUGGGUCUGUGACGGCAGUGCCGACUGCAAGGACAAGUCGGACGAGGAGCACUGCGUGACGGCCACCUGCCGGCCCGACGAAUUCCAGUGUGCAGAUGGCACCUGCAUCCACGGUAGCCGCCAGUGCGACAGGGAAUAUGACUGCAGGGACUUGAGUGACGAGCUUGGCUGCAUCAAUGUGACACAGUGUGAUGGGCCCAACACGUUCAAGUGCCACAGUGGUGAAUGUAUCGCCUUGGACAAGGUGUGCGACUCCACCAGGGACUGCCGGGACUGGUCGGAUGAGCCCAUCAAGAACUGCAGGACCAACGAGUGCUUGGACAACAAUGGUGGCUGUUCCCACGUCUGCAAGGACCUCAAGAUUGGCUACGAGUGCUUGUGUCCCAGUGGCUUCCAGCUGGUGGACCAGCACAGAUGUGAGGAUAUUGAUGAGUGUCAGGAGCCGGACACCUGCAGCCAGCUCUGUGUGAACCUUGAAGGCAGCUACAAGUGCGAGUGCCGGACGGGAUUCCACAUGGACCCUCACACCAGGGCCUGCAAGGCUGUGGGCUCCGUAGCCUAUCUGCUCUUCACUAAUCGCCACGAGGUAAGGAAGAUGACCCUGGACCGCAGCGAGUACACCAGCCUGAUCCCCAACCUGAAGAAUGUGGUGGCCCUGGACACUGAAGUGGCCAACAACAGAAUCUACUGGUCCGACUUGUCCCAGGGAAAGAUCUACAGCGCCCUGAUGGACCAGGCACCUAGCUUGUCUUAUGACACCAUCAUCAGUGGGGACCUGCAGGCCCCGGACGGGCUGGCCGUAGACUGGAUCCAUGGCAACAUCUACUGGACAGAUUCAGUUCCAGGCAGUGUCUCUGUGGCUGACACCAAGGGUGUACGGAGAAGGACACUGUUCCAAGAGAAAGGCUCCAGACCCAGAGACAUUGUGGUGGACCCUGUGCAUGGCUUCAUGUACUGGACAGAUUGGGGGACACCUGCCAAGAUCAAGAAAGGGGGCCUGAAUGGAGUAGACAUCUACUCACUGGUGACUGAGGACAUCCAGUGGCCAAAUGGCAUCACACUAGAUAUUCCCAGUGGCCGCCUCUAUUGGGUUGAUUCCAAACUCCACUCUAUCUCCAGCAUUGAUGUCAAUGGGGGCAAUCGGAAGACCAUUUUGGAAGACGAGAAGCAGCUGGCUCACCCCUUCUCCUUGGCCAUCUAUGAGGACAAAGUAUUUUGGACGGAUGUCAUAAAUGAAGCCAUUUUCAGUGCCAAUCGCCUCACAGGUUCAGAUGUGAAUUUGGUGGCUGAAAACCUCUUGUCCCCAGAGGACAUUGUCCUGUUCCACAACAUCACACAGCCUAGAGGGGUAAACUGGUGUGAGAGAACAGCCCUCCCCAAUGGUGGCUGCCAGUACCUGUGCCUGCCGGCCCCACAGAUCAACCCCCACUCCCCGAAAUUCACCUGCGCCUGCCCUGAUGGCAUGCUGCUGGCCAAGGACAUGCGGAGCUGCCUAGCAGAAGUUGCACCUGUACUGACCACCCAGGGGACAUCCACCAUCAGACCUGUGAGCACUGCAAGAGCCGUGGGGCCCAAGGAGACUCCGUCAGCUUCCAGCCCUUCCAGGCAGCCUGCUGGCAUCCCGGGAUUCAGCACAGUGGAGUCCGUGACAAUGUCCCACCAAGUCCAGGGCGACAGAAGGACCGAGGAGCAGCCGCAGGGUGUGGGGGUCUUGUCCAUCACCCUCCCCAUCGCUCUGGUCAUCCUCCUUGUCUUUGGGGCCAUCCUGCUGUGGAGGAACUGGCGGCUGAGGAGCAUCAACAGCAUAAACUUUGACAACCCAGUGUACCAGAAGACCACGGAAGACGAACUCCACAUUUGCCGAAGCCAGGACGGCUACUCCUACCCCUCGCGACAGAUGGUCAGCCUGGAGGAUGAUGUGGCAUGAACAGCUGUGAGAAUCUUCUCUUUCCGGGAUCCGUCUCCGCUCUCAGGCAGGAAGGACACUUUUUCCACACCUCCCUGUCCAGGCCUGGUCCUGCCGCCUCUGUGACCACUGUGUUGCUCAAAGCAAGAUAAGAGCCAAGCUGGGCCGGGGACCAAGCUCAGCGGCCUGCCUGCCCCAGACUCUGUUUUAUAUAUUUAUUGUCCGGGGGCAGAAAAGGCUGCUGGCUGGGACUCCCCUCCCCCAUCGUUCUUUCCUUGGAAGCAAAGAGGCGACCCCAGAAGCUUCUUCAUUCUCUUGUCUCCACUCACAGGAAGUGGGAAGGGGCCCAGGUGGGGAGAAGCCUCUGUUCGGAACUUGCAACAGCAGGGGCUUGCGGCAGGGUCUCCGGUGCCACAACCAAUCCCUAAACUCAGGACUCCACGUUUACCUCCACCCGCAAGCCUUAGCCUCCUGACAGUCAGCCUGGGCUCUGCUCCUCGUCAGGCCUUUCGAGCUGCAGAGGCCAGGAAAGUGACUUGUGGCACUUGGUGCAGAGCUUGCCGCAUCUUGGGACCAGCAGCCGCGGUGCCUGGCUCCUGCUCGUGCCUUCGCUAAGCUAACCCUCCUUCCGUUCCUGGAGGCCCAGGCCCGAGCCGCCCUUCCCCCUUCAUGUUUAUGAAGUGCCUGAGACAUCUGAUUGCCUUGCUCAGGGGCCUCGGCCUGUGCUGUCUGAGCCGCCUGCUGCUGCUCGGCUGUGGCCAUCAAGACCUCAGGCCCACGCCCAGUCCCCGUGGGACCGCACUUCCUCUCUCUCUGCACUUUUCCAGUUCUGCGUUGGGCGCCCACGUGUGCUCAGCAUCUUAGGUUGCACUGUCCAGUGGUGUGUUGGGAUGGAGUUUUGGGCCGGAAGUGGCCCCAAAUCACUGACCACAGAAGACAAUGCCCGGGGAGGGAGGAAGACCAGACUGAUCAGGAUCCAAGCAUCCCGAAGCGUCUGCUCUCUUCAGUGCUGGGAUGGAACUCAGAGCCUCUUUUCGGCGUUUUCUUUCUUUCUUUCUUUUUUUUUUUUUUUACUUUAAACCUCUGACUGGUAGUUUCUGAUUACGCACAAAUACUGGAGCAUUUCAGCCGUUCAACUCCUCAGCUAACAGAGACUUCCUGCUCAGCUGGUUUGUGCUACACACCUGUCAUCCCAGCACUGGAGAGGCUGAGGCAGGUGGGUUGUCAGGAACUGGAGGCCAGCCUGGGCUAUACAAUAAGAUACUGCCUCAGAAAGGAAAAAUGGAAGAAAAAGAAAGAAGGAGAUAAAAAAGAAACUUGCAUGAUUUUCAGCCCAUAAUUAGCAAAGUGCAGUGGCGCAUGCAUUUAAUCCCAGCCCUCAGGAGGCAGAGGUAGGCUAAUCUCUGAGUUCCAAGCCAGCCUGGGCUAGAUAGUGCCAGGCCAGCUAGGGAUGCACAGUGAGACUAUGUAUCUGAAAACCAAAAGAAAUCCCAUAACCUAGGUUAUUUGGGAGAACUUGGAAGAAUACUUAGGAAUUGCCACAAAUUUACCACACGGGUAACUCAAGGUGACAGUGGCAGUCUCUCUUGGAUCCCUGCACUUAUGCACCUGAAGGAGGAGGGUGCCUCGCCCGGCCGGACACGACACUUGCAAGGAAGGGAGCUCUGUGCCGAUGGCACCUGGUCUUGUUUUCAGUCCGCGUAUUUGUUCAAGGUUAUCACAUAUAUAAAAAUCUAUUUAUUUUUGAAAACCCUAAUUGCUGCACUUGUUGGUGACAUUUCUCCAGGUUGAUCUGGGGUGACACUCUGGGAUGCUCUGUGUAUGGAGAUUUUUUUAAUGUGCUGUUCUCUGGCCUGUGUAUUGCCUUGAGGGAUAGGAACUGCUUUGAAACCAUUGUUCAGGUGUUUUAAUAGGCUGGAAAUGUCUUACUGUGAUGGAUUAAACUCCUUUUUGAAAA